AUGCUGCGCGAGGGCGAAGAGAACGACUCAACCCAGUCGGAGCGCGACGGCCCUUUCCGCCACCUCUCCGCCAUGUCCCACGCAAGAGCCGGCAUGAAGCUGCGCCCCCAGUAUCCUGCCGACGCCGUCGAGAACCAUGUCGAGUACAUACUCGUCGCCUCGUUUGACAUUGACCGCGGCUCCAUCAUGGAGCACCAGUAUCCCGCUGCUAUAAGCGGUGACGAGACCAUGUUAGCCGAGCUCAUGCUGCCCGAUCAGGCCCACGUCCGGAGCCAGGAUUGGACCAUUUUCUUUCUGCACAAGGACACAACCGCCGACGAGGAGGAGCGCGAGGCACGGAGAGAGCGCAGGCGACGGAGAAGGCGGCGCAAGCACGGUCUGGAAGACGACAAUGACAAUGCCACCUCCCCCGCCGAAGCGCGCAAGGACCGCGACAGCGACAACGAACUCGAGGCCGAUGAUGAUGACGAAGACGACGACGACGACACAGAAAGCGAGAGCGGGCCGGAUCCAGAUGGGCCACCCUUGGUCUACGUCCUGAAUCUGGUCAACACCAAACAGGACAAUACCGUGAAGAGAGGUGCCAUUGUGAAAGCCAUGGCCAUAUGCACUCGCCAUCCUUUUCUGCACAUAUACAAGCCCUUGUUGUUAUUAGCGCUCGAGGAGUACUUCAGAGCGCCGGUCCUAGAAACACUUGCCUCGCUCUACAAUGCCCUCAACUCCAUGGACCUGUCGCUCUUGCCGAAAUUGUCUCAUCUUGAGAGCUUUGUGCUGGGCGCCAGCGACGCAAAGGACAUGUUUGUAGAGAAAUUCGAGCUCAUGGUCCGCCAAAGGAAGAAGCAGGAUGCUGCAAAAGAGGCGGACGAAACUGCAUCGGAUCCUCAAUCUAAGAGGAAAGUAUAUACCAUCCCCCGGGACACUCACGAGUUUGAGUCCAAGAUCGAUUACAACGGCAUACCCGUGCCUGUCAAGAUUCCAACUUCCCUAAGUCCGGAAACCGUGGGCGACUUUUCCCUCAUCAAGCUCAUACAGACCUUCUCCACCCCUCACACAACACAACCGCAGCCAUUUGCCUUGCACCCGCAUCUGACAACGAGCGGUGCAUUCACGCAUCCAAUCAUUGUUCUCGUCAAUGCUCUCUUAACCCAGAAGCGCAUCAUCUUUAUCGGACACAAUCGCCCUUCAGGCGAAGUCGCAGAGGCUGUGCUGGCAGCAUGCGCCCUGGCAUCUGGCGGUAUACUACGCGGCUUUGUGCGACAUGCGUUUCCAUACACCGAUCUUACUAAAGUGGACGACCUGCUCAAAGUACCUGGCUUCAUCGCUGGCGUCACCAAUCCUGCAUUUUCCUACAAGCCAGAGUGGUGGGACCUCCUGUGCGACCUCCCUACUGGCCGUAUGAAGAUUAGCAAUCGAAUCGAGUCAGCCUCACCCACAGAGGGAUCAUUGUUUUUCCAGCAGCAAGGCCUCCCUUUGAAUGGACUCAAUGGACAAUCGGGCCUUGACAGUAAGGGUGGUGGUAUUGAUCCUACCGGCGACAAUCAGUUCAUGGACAAACUUCUCGAAAGCAUUGCCAACCGUCAUGGAGAAAACGCAAUUCGGGCAAAAUGGCGCUCCUGGGUGCUUAAAUUCACCCGCAUCGCAGCCGCCUUUGAAGAAACCGUCUACGGGGCAUCAGCACUGUAUAUUGGCGCUCAUGACACGGAAACAGGUGCAUAUGGUGUUUCUGGGCAUGGUUACGUCUGGUCAGAUGAAGGCUCCAAGCUCCGCGAGCUUGCAGCAAAUGUUCAUCGAAUCGAAGGCUGGCGUAACACCAGAAGUUACUAUAGUUACAUCCAGGAUCUUGCAAAGGGCUGGGGCAAGAGGCCAGUGCGAGGUCUCGACAUGCACCACCAGCAUGACAAACUGCGAUGUCUGAAGCUCACCCAUGAUCAAUCGGCAGCCAUCUAUCUCGCACUUGCACGGUGCGUGGAAGAAGCAGGUUCACCUAGUGAGAGCACCACUGCUUCAUCAACCGACCUCUCAUCAAUGGCACAGUCGCUUAAUAUCAGCAACGAGUCUGCAAGGAGAGUAAAUGCCCAACUACAAUACGACACCGUUCUCCAGCUGCUUUGCGUUAUACCCGAUGCCGGUCUCUUCUACCUCAGUCUCGGCCUUUUCCACCCCAGACAGGAUGUCCGCAUGGCAGUCGUCAAGCUACUAGAGCGAAUCAUGGAUCACUCUGCCGGUCGACACUACUGGGACCAGUUAGGACGUUUUGCCAAACUAGCAUUUUUCAGAGUAAAGAGAGAGGAGGCGCAGAAGUAG